AUGGCUAGCUGCUCGUUUCCGAAGUCUUUUUUUUUCUAUUUACCACCAACUGAAUUUUUUUAUCUAUUUCUUAUUAUUUUUUUUUUAUCAUUUUUUUCUUUUUUUUGUCUCUUUCUUUUUUAUUAUUUUUCUUUUUUGUAUUUCUUUCUGUCUUUUUUUCGAUUUUUGUUCUCUUUUUUUCGUUUUUCGUCUCUUUUUUUUUGUUUCUUUCAUUUUUCGUCUCUUUUAAUCUUCAUCUUUCGUUUUGUGGUCUCUUUAGUUUUUCGUCUCUUGUUUUUUUUUUUCUCUUUCUUUUUUCGUCUCACUUUUUUUCUUCGUUUUUCAUCUCCCAUUAUUUUUCUAUAUUUCUUUUUGUCGCUUUCUUUCUUUAAUCACUACUUUUUAUUUCUUUUACUCUAUAUCUCUCCCUCUCUCUUUCUAUGCCUGCUUAUCUCUCUUCCUAUAUUCCUUACAUUUGUCAUUCUUCUUUCUCAUUCAUUCUAUUUUUAUUUUUCUGUUCCGGCCAUCUUCCUUUAUAUUUGUUUUUUCCGCUUUCUUUUUUGGUUCGUUUUUUUUUUUUUUUUUUUUGACGUAAUUGCAGUCUUUCUUUCUUUCUUUAGUUUUUAUUUUCUUUUAGUCUUUCUUUCUUUCUUUUGUUUUUAUUUUCUUUUAGGUAAAUGCAGUCUGUCUUUCUUUCUUUCUUUUGUAAAUGCAGUCUUUCUUUCUUUCUUUUGUUUUUAUUUUCUUUUAGGUAAAUGCAGUCUUUCUUUCCGUAGUUUUUAUUUUCUUUUAGUUUUUUAUUUUCUUUUAGGUAAAUGCAGUCUUUCUUUCCGUCUUUCUUUCUUUAGUUUUUCUUUUCUUUUAGGUAAAUGCAGUCUUUCUUUCCGUCUUUCUUUCUUUUGUUUUUAUUUUCUUUCACGCAAUUGCAGUCCUUCUUUCCGUCUUUCUUUCUUUUGUUUUUAUUUACUUUUACGUAACUGUCUUCUUUCAUUUACUAUUCAAUGUUUUCCUUUUAUUUUUAGCUUUUUUUUUCUUAUUAUAAUCACUUUAUUGCUCCUUUUGUUGUGUCUCCUUGUGUUUCUCGAGUUUGUCUUUUUUCUUUCUUCUUCCAUUUUUUUUUCUUUUCUCUGUCACUCUCACCCUCACGAUUCAUUUCUAUUCUCCACACUUCCAAUUUUGUCAUACGUACUAACAGCUCUUGUUUCUACAUUAGCGAAAACAAAUUCAAGCACGCCAAGUCAACCAACAAACCGACAGCUUCGCCUUUCGGCGCAUUGGUUCGAUAAUAGGGUACCGAGUAAAAGGAAGGACUUAAUUAACAAUCCAGCUGGGGACAAUUAA